UCUUCGCCCAGCAGCUGACGGGACGGAAGGUGGUACGAUUAUAAUUCACACAACAUUACCUUCACCGCACACCAAACUUAUGUUUUAAACAAUGCUGUUAACUUAAGAACAGCUCUUAAUAAUUAACUAUUCACACAAAUGCAGUCAGUUGUAAUGUGUGUACAUUAUUACACGUGUGUAUACAACGAGGAAGUUUAACAUGGUUUGAUUGGACUUCAACAUUCAUAAAUUUAAGUACAUGUCAUCAUUGUGUUAUGUGAUGUUUACUAACUGCAGACAGUCUGCUCAUGUUUAGUUUUGAUUUGAUAUAAAUCGCUUCCUAAUGCUUGAACAGGUCGAACAUAAAGCAUUGCAUCUUAUUCAGAAAAAGCAAAUACGAUCAACUGCAUCAGUGCCUGUGAUUUUGUACAUACCUUGUAAAGUUUGUUGUCAGUGUGAAUAAAAAGUGAGGUGAUGCCCUUGGAGGUGACAUGGCCUUUCUCACAAUGCCCUCGCCUGGGCUGGAGGGUAUCCAGUCGGCUGAUCAUGGGCAUGGUGGGCUCGUACAGUUACCUGUGGUCCAAGUAUUUUAAUUCAUUGAUGGUGCACAACCACAAUGUUUUGUUGGACCUUGUUGAUGAGCGUCCUCAGGACACACCCCUUAUUACACUGUCCAAUCACAUGUCCUGCAUGGAUGAUCCACACAUCUGGGGAGUCCUGAAGCUCCGGCAACUGUGGAACUUUAACAGGAUGAGAUGGACUCCUACUGCCUCUGAUAUCUGUUUUACAAGAGAAUUCCACUCCAACUUUUUCAGCAGAGGGAAAUGUGUGCCUGUAGUUAGAGGAGAUGGAGUAUAUCAGAAAGGAAUGGACUUCCUCCUGGAAAGGCUAAAUCAUGGGGAAUGGGUACACAUAUUUCCAGAGGGUAAAGUCAACAUGACUGGAGAGUUCAUACGGUUUAAAUGGGGAAUUGGUCGUUUGAUUGCGGAGUGCUCUCUUCAUCCGAUCAUUUUACCUUUGUGGCAUAUAGGAAUGAAUGAUGUACUACCAAAUAAAACUCCAUACAUCCCUCGAGUUGGACAGAGAGUAACUGUCCUUGUGGGGAAACCGUUUACUGUCAAACACCUGGUAAAUGCACUCCGAGCAGAAAACACUAGUCCGAUUGAAAUGCGGAAAGCAGUGACUGACUUUGUUCAAGAGGAAUUUUACAGUUUGAAAGCUCAGGCAGAGGUUCUUCAUCAGAGGAUAAAGAGCUGCACAUAACCCAUGAAGAGACUUUUGUCAUUAUAUGAUAAAGAGCUUUGCAGAAUCCCAGUGAGAUAAUUCGGAGCUCAAACCUCAGCAUGGACACUGAUGGUUUGUUAAAGUAUCAAAGUAUCAUGUUCAGGAAUGUUAUGGAACAUCCAUGAAGACAUAAUUAUGAAUAUAAUGCAGGUUUCUGUUCAUGGAUGCAUGGAUGUUGAGAUUUGGCCUGAAAAAAAAAAACAAUUUAUUAAUCUGUUCAUCUGUUAUAAAUGAUUAGGGAGGCAUGAUUAUGAGUUGUAACACUUGUUAAGACCGAUAAAUAAUGUUUAACACUGUGACUGGAAAUGCAUGUCAGACAUCAGACUGUGGAACACAUUGUUACAUUCUUCCACAGUAUUUGUUUAUAUUUUGAUGGUACAGAAGUAUUUGAACUAUCACAAAUAGCAUUGGCAUUUAGAUUGAUCAAAGUUCAAAUGAGAAAAUGGAUUGAGUUAUGUUACCAGAAACACAUGCCAGUGUAUCAGGGAAACAUUCGAUUUGUUUGUGUUUUUAUCACGGUGAUGUUUGAGAUAUAAAUUCCACUGAUUGUUUUCUUUGCAUCUGUUGUGUUAAACCAAAUUUUGAACAGUUUAAAUUAGUUUGUGCUCUCAGUUCUCAUAGCUUGAUCAAAUAAUUGAUGACAAACAUGCUAGCGGUUAUUUUUAAAAUUUGAUGCAGUAUUUGAGUAUUUUUUUUCUUUACUUACUGUAAAGACCGAAGCUUCGCUGUGUUGUACAUAUUUUCAGGGGCGCUUUAAGGUACUUCUGGGCCCAUGGGCUCGCUGGUCCCCCUUCCAGUUGUUGA